GGAGGGGCCUGAGCGGAAUUGUAGAGAUCCUUUCCAGGAGUUCAGUUAUGGGCGUGAGAGGUUUGCAGGGGUUCGUGGGCAGCACCUGCCCACAUAUAUGUACAGUAGUGAACUUCAAAGAAUUGGCGGAGCACCACCGAAACCAGCACCCCGGCUGUACGCCGACCAUAGUGGUUGAUGCCAUGUGUUGUCUCAGAUACUGGUAUACUCCCGAAUCUUGGAUCUGCGGUGGCCAGUGGCGGGAAUAUUUUUCUUCUUUGCGGGAUUUUGUUAAGACUUUUACCACUGUUGGCAUCAAGUUGAUAUUCUUCUUUGAUGGCAUGGUGGAGCAGGAGAAGAGAGAUGAAUGGGUAAAACGAAGACUCAAGAACAAUAGGGAAAUUUCCAGGAUUUUCCAUUAUAUCAAAUCGCACAAGGAGCAACCGGGCAGAAACAUGUUCUUCAUCCCAUCGGGGCUGGCCAUCUUUACACGAUUUGCUUUGAAGGCCCUGGGUCAGGAAACUCUGUGUUCCUUACAGGAGGCCGACUAUGAGGUGGCAUCUUACGGCUUCCAGAAUAACUGUCUUGGGAUUCUUGGAGAAGACACUGACUACUUGAUUUAUGAUACUUGUCCCUACUUUUCAAUUGGUGAUCUCUGCCUGGAGAGUCUCAGUACUGUCAUGCUCUGUAGAAAGAAGCUCUGUGAGAGUCUGAAUAUCAACGUGGCAGACCUUCCUCUUCUGGCCUGCCUACUUGGCAAUGACAUAAUCCCAGAGGGCAUGUUUGAGAGCUUUCGGUACAAGUGCUUGUCUUCCUAUACCUCUGUAAAGGAGAAUUUUGACAAAAAAGGUAACAUCAUCUUAGCUGUUGCAGACCAUAUAUCUAAAGUUCUUCACUUGCAUCAAGGUGAGAAAAAGCUAGAAGACAUGUUACCUUUGGGACCAAACAAAGCUCUUUUUUAUAAGGGUGUGGCAUCCUAUCUUUUGCCAGGACAGAAAUCUCCGUGGUUUUUCCAAAAACCCAAGAGUUUAAUAUUUUUGGACGAGCAGGUGGUAUCGAUGAGUUCAGACCCUGAAUCUAAGCAAGGAGUUCCAAUGUGUAUAGACUAUGGAUCCAAGCAAGGACUUCCCAUGUGUACAGAUCCUGAAUCCAACCAGGGAUUUCCCAUGUGUACACCUCCUAAAUCCAAUCAAGGAAUUCCUAUGUGUACCCCUCCUGAAUCCAAGCAAGGAGUUCCCAUGUGCACAGACCCUGAAUCCAAGCAAGGUCCCAUGUGCACACUGAUCCAGCAGAGUCCCAUGUGUACACCUCCUGAAUCCAGGCAAGGAGUUCCUAUGUGCACAGACCCUGAAUCCAGGCAAGGAGUUCCCUGUGUGCACAGACCCUGA